AUGAUUUCAGCACUAGCUCUUUUUCGAUGGGCAUUGGAUAGUGGGCACUGGUAAGAGAGGCGAACAGCUAGGGGGAGAGAGCGAGGCGAGUGACAGGUAGGAGCGCAGUUGUCUCAAUAUUGGCUAUGCAGUGUUGGCUACGUUAGUGAUUUAUAUACCUCUAAAUAUGAGCUAGUCAGUGAUAUUCAUCGCAUCAACGAGGCCUGUAUCCGGAGUUUUGGACAGAAAUAGAGUAGGACGAACGGAAAAGGGGAAGCUGCUGAACGGGAGAGCUGAAGACUACAUCGCCGGCUUCCGGGGAUUCAGGGCUGCAUCGGGAAAAAACAGACGUCGGUCUUUGGAAGGGCGAGUAUCCAUCAUCAGAUAUAAUUUGGAUACCCAGCCACCGCUGAGGUGGAACCAUAAACAUGUCAAGAAAGGUCCAUAGAACCGAAGUAUGUGCGGACUGCAGUGCGUCGGAUCCGGGCUGGACCAGCAUCAACCGGGGGGUUCUGAUCUGCGACGAGUGCUGCUCAGUGCACCGCAGCCUCGGCCGUCACAUCUCCAUUGUCAAGCACCUGCGACACAGCGGCUGGCCCCCUACACUGCUGCAGAUGGUACAGACACUGGCCAGUAAUGGGGCUAACUCGAUUUGGGAGCACUCCCUGCUAGAUCCGGCGCAAGUGCAGAGUGGCCGCAGGAAACCCAACCCCCAGGACAAAAUCCAUCCCACCAAGUCCGAGUUCAUUCGCUCCAAGUACCAGAUGCUGUCCUUCGUCCACAAGCUGCCUUGCCGUGACGAUGACGGUGUCACCACCAAGGACCUUAGCAAGCAACUGCACUCCAGCGUGAGGACGGGGAGUCUGGAGACGUGUUUACGGCUGCUGUCCCUGGGAGCGCAGGCCAACUUCUUCCAUCCGGAGAAGGGAACCACGCCGCUCCACGUGGCUGCCAAGGCGGGCCAGGUACUGCAGGCGGAGCUGCUGGUUGUGUAUGGAGCCGACCCGGGAGCCCCGGAUAUCAACGGACGUACCCCCAUGGACUACGCCAGACAAGCUGGCCAUGUAGAGCUGGCGGAGAGGCUGGUGGAGUGUCAGUACGAGCUCACAGACAGACUGGCCUUCUAUCUGUGUGGCCGACGCCCAGGUCACCUGCUGCGGCUGAAGGUGUUGUUUCUCUACUCGGCAGAUCACAAGAACGGGCAUUAUAUCAUUCCUCAGAUGGCUGACAGAGCUCGCCCUAAGUGCCCAACACAGAGCCUGGACCUAUCAGAACUGGCCAAGGCUGCCAAGAAGAAGCUCCAAGCGUUGAACAAUCGAUUGUUUGAGGAGCUGGCCAUGGAUGUGUAUGAUGAAGUGGACCGCAGGGAGAAUGAUGCAGUGUGGCUGACCACUCAGAACCACAGCACCCUGGUCACAGAACGCAGCGCAGUGCCUUUUCUGCCAGUCAACCCUGAAUACUCAGCCACACGCAACCAGGGACGACAGAAGUUGGCCCGUUUUAACGCUCGCGAGUUUGCAACACUAAUCAUCGACAUCCUGAGUGACGCCAAGAGAAGGCAACAGGGAAAAGGCCUGAGCAGCCCUACGGACUCCAGUCUAGGCCUGGGGGCUGACGACGACCAGCAUGACUACGACAGCGUGGCGUCAGAUGAGGACACAGACAGCGAGCUGACCACGCAGAACAACAACAAUACACAGAGGAACAACCGGGCCAAGAGCAUGGACUCGUCAGACCUAUCGGACGGGCCGAUUACGCUGCAGGAGUACCUGGAGGUCAAGAAGGCCCUGGCCUCCUCAGAGGCUAAAGUUCAGCAGCUGAUGAAGGUCAACAACAACUUGAGCGAGGAGCUGCGCCGGCUGCAGAAGGAGAUGAGGAAGGGGGGUCCUGGAGGCCCCACUCCCUACGGAGGACAGCACCUUUCUGGAUCCACGGAGGUGGGGAGAUACAUGGCCCCUAAGGGAGAGUGGCACGGCAGUGGCACCGAUAGUGACUAUGACAACACUCAGACGUAUGAGCUGUCGCUAAGUAUGGGGCGCAGUAGUGAAGAGGAGGGCCGGGGUGAGGCGGAGGAGGGGGGAGGGGGGGAGGCGGGUGAGCCAGACCCAACCCUUCCGUGCACCGAGGAUGUCAUCCUCAAGACGGAGCAGGUGACCAAAAAUAUCCAGGAGCUUCUGAGGGCCGCCCAGGAGUUCAAGCAUGAAAGCUUCGUUCCUUGCUCUGAGAAGAUCCACUCUGCUGUUACUGAAAUGGCCUCUCUGUUUCCCAAACGACCCGCGCUGGACGCUGUGCACUGCUCCCUGCGCCUCCUGGCCUCCAGUGCCUCCCGUCUCCAGGUGGAGUGUCGCAAGGCUGCUCCCUCGGACCUGUCAUCACCCGCUGUGGACUACCAGUUGCUCACCCAGCAGGUCAUCCAGUGCGCCUACGACAUCGCCAAAGCCGCCAAGCAACUGGUCACCAUCACUACUCGCGAGAAGAAACAGUGAUGGGGGGAGGAGAGGGGACGGACAGGGGGGGCUGCCAGACUGACUCACAGGGAGGGCGAAGGGAGUGGCGGAGGGAGAGAUCUCCUGGCUUUCCUGUGGAGUGACAAAACAAGAUGCAGAAGUAUAUCAUGGCACGACUGGGAGGGGACUAGCUGAGAGAGGAUGGAGAGAAUGCAGGUAGAGAAGACCUGGCUAGAGAGAGAGGGAAAGGCCAGCCUAGGAGAGAGACCACAUGUGGCUGUAGGCUGAAAGAAUAUCUCUGGCUCUUCUAACCAUUAGGACUGAGAGGGAGUUCAGUUCAGCACCGGG